AUGUUGAUUUCCCUCAUUGCUGUUUCACAGAUUAAGAACAUUACUAUUGCGGAAAAAGGGAAAGACCCAAAUUACAAAAUAAUGGUACCAUCAUCAACUUUAAAAUGCUGGAAAACUGCCGCAAAUGAAUUAAAAUCCGGAAUUCAGAAAAUAACUGGAGUCGAGUUACCUAUAGUUGAACAUUCAGAAGCAUUAAAUGGAAAUUAUAUUCUGAUUGGUCCAACAAAAUACACAUCCGAACUUACAACCUUAAAAAUAAAUGACUUAAAAGUAGAUGGUUAUGAGAUACGCUUUGCACAAGAGAAACACCUCAUUAUCAACGGUGGUUCUCGCGGUGUUAUCUAUGGUUGUCUUAAAUUACUUGAAGAUUUUGGAAAUUGCAGAUUCAUGACAUCCUGGAUGAUGAUAUAUCCACCAUCAAACACAUUUCAAGUUGAUUCAUCCGUUGACAUAUAUGAAAUUGCUGACGUAUUUUGGAGAUCUAUCAGUAUUCCAGAUUCAAUUCCUUCAAUUUACUUAAGAGAGAACUACAAACCAUGGGAUUAUAAUGGAGAUACCGUUCAAUGCUCAUAUUGCUUACAAACUUUCCCAGAAUUAUUAUCACCAGAUUUACAUCCAAACAACAAAUUCCCUGAGUAUUGGGCAUUACUACCUAAUGGAGCAAGAUCAACAAGUGCUCCAUGCUUAACAAAUUCAGGUGCUUUCGAUGUUAUUGUUAAUAAUAUUCUCAACAGAAUGAAAGUAUAUCCAAAUAGUUUGUACAUUGACAUCGGACAUUGGAAUACACAAGAUUAUUGCCAUUGUGCAAACUGUGCGGCUAGAAUGAAGUUAUAUGGAGAUAUUUAUUCUGGACUUUUCGUUGAAUUUUGCAACAAUGUAUCAAAAAUAGUCAAACAACAUGAUCCAACAAAAAUUGUUCGUUGUCUUGCAUAUUUACACACAACUUUUGCCCCAAUUAACAUCAAAAUGAAUGAAAACGUCGAAGUUUAUUUCGCACAUCUCGGCCAAGACAACGCACAUCCAUUAAACAACAGUAUUACAUUUUCCAAUAUGGAAUUCAAGAGAGAACUUGACAAAUGGCUGAAUGUUUCACAACAUUUCCAUGUUUACGAGUAUUUGACGAAUUUUUAUUUACCAAUGUUGAUUCAUCCAAUAUAUCAUUCGGUAUCAGAGAACAUCAAGUAUUACUAUAACAAAGGAAUGAUCGGUUACACGCAGGAAGAUUCAGGAGCACAUUCAGACAUGACUUAUUUCAAACAUUACGUCAUUUCUAAAAUGUUGUUUUAUCCUGAUGGAAAUGAAACUUAUUUUGAAAACGAUUUCCUUUAUCAUUUCUACGGUGCAGGUGCUGCAUCUUAUAUUAGAAAGUUUUUGGAUGUAACUAAAAAGGCGACUGAAAAUGAUCCUGAUUAUUACAUUCCAAACGAUUAUGGAAUGGUUCCGAAUUAUUUGACAGAAAGUUAUCUAAAUUAUGCAAACUGGUUGUGGCAAAAAGCUGUUGAUGCUGCCAAAAAAGAAGGUGAUGAAAAGAAGAUAUUCAACACAGAAAUGGGACAAAUACCUUCAAUGUAUUCAUAUUUUUAUUAUACAUUAUAUAACUCAACAUAUAAAUUGAUUGAAAAGAAUGGAAAAGUUUUUAUUGAUAAUGAAAAAAUUACUGAAUAUUGCAGGAAGAUUUUAGAAAGAUGUCCUGAAGACAAAUCAGCAGAUAAAUAUACAGGAAAAAGUUGCCAUAUUGCAAGAAAGAAAGAUGAUCCUGAUGGAAGAUUAAGACAACUAAAGUUAUAUUUAGAAGGAGAAACAGCAUCAACAAUUUCUCAAGGAAAUUUAAAGGCAACGGCAACUUCAACAAUGAGUGAUGGAAGAGUGUUCAGUUUAACUAAAAACAAUGUUGAAUACUUGGAUAGAAGAAGAGGUUUGGAUUUCGGAUAUUCUAAAUCAUUUAAAUAUGUUGAUUCAGUUAAUUAUGGAUUUAGUCUUAAAACUAGUACUAAAACUAACAAUUUCAUGGAAUUUACAACUUCACCAAUAAUUAAAUCAUAUACAAUUGAUUCAAAUUCUGUUACAUUUAAAGUUAGAAUGACAGUCCAAGGAAAACAAACUCCUGUUUUUACGUUAUGUUUUGAUUUAGGAGAUGUUAAUGAUGUCUUUGUUAAAACAGAUAAUAAUCAAUGGAAGAGACCAGUAUUUCCAGUUAAUUGCACUUCCGAAAAUCAUUAUGGAGAAUCAACUAAAAACAAGAAUUCUGUUUCUGUCUGUUCCCAAAAGACUAAAAGAGGAAUAACAGUUAAUUUCCCACAGAAUUCAAAAUUCUUUACUUUCCUUUUCAACAAAACAUCAAAUACAAUAACGAUGUAUUUAGGAUUUAAUUAUGAUUAUUGGGAUCUUUUUGAAGAACAAAUCAAAGUUACUCCAAUAGAAAAUGUACAAAACUUACCAAAUAUUCCUAUUCCUUAUUCAGAACCAGCACAGAAAACAUGGUUCUUCCCUAUUUUCUAUUUUGCUUCUUCUCCUCAAAAGAAUGAUAAAUGGAAUCCAACAACUGAUGAAAAGAAUACACUUGGAUAUUCAACGAGUGUUGCUCCUAGAGCACAAACUCAUUUAUGGCCAAGUAGAGAUAUAGGAAGAGCUACAGGAAAAAGAGAUGGAAACUUUACUGUUUAUUAUUUAUCAAGAUGCUAA